CACCAACACUACUAUCUCAAACAAACUAUCUAUUAUAUCUCCAUGUUUGCUCUAGGUCCAGGUUUGAUUGACUUCAGACUUUCCUCCCCUUAUCAUUAUGUGCUUGAGAUUGCAACCUGUCUGUAAUUUAUCAAAUAGGAGGCAAAUAAAAGUGGGGAUAUGCUUUUCUUCGUUGUCUUUUUUUUUUUGUCACGCCGUCACCCUUAAAAAAAUUGAUACCCAUUACAAUGAUCAUAUUACUGUGGCAAAGAAUGAUAAAGAUAAUAACCUUAUCAUGAUAGACCCUGAUGUAUUAUGGAGUAGAGAGAGAAGGAUUAUUUUUUCUCCCAAACUUAGACUUUUCUUUAUCCAAAGGGGCCACCGGGUGUGCAUCACCCGCUUGUCCCCACAAUCCAAUCGAGGUUGCGUGACAGUCCGGGUAGAGAGGGGAUGGAUCAUGGAUGCCUGGGCAUUACUAUGUAUUUCUUAUUACUCCAUAUUAUUAUUAUUAGGUAUUAUUACCUUGUCAUUUUGGCCUGUGGAAUUCCCUAGGUGGCAGGCAGUUGACUCGACCAGCGCACAAACCCCCCACUUCUUAUGCAGCCAAACUGCAGUCCGCCCCACCUGGAAUCAUCUGUAUUUCCAUCGCCUCCCACGCCUCAAUAACGCCAUCCGCCCACCAACCUUGGAGAACAUGACCGCUAAAGUUUGAAUCCAGGGGCUACGCGUCCUCUAAGAGGUCCAAAUCCCUCGUCUUGAAGUCUCAAGGUAUCGUACUAAACCUGGUAGGCUACUUACUUUAGCCGUUGGAAGCAGCCUAUCUUGUGUCUUGUUCCCCCUCCAAUCUUCCCCACUAGCCUGACUACGAAGGUACCACUCCUACCUGGUAGGUACUUACAGACAUACAGACAUACACAGCAAUGCACACUAGUUAGUAGGACAGCACCUUAGGAGCAAGACAGGUCGCUAAUCGGCUAGGUAAUACCUCAUAGUACGGAGUAAUAAUAAGGUAAUAAUAUUAUUUUAGUUACUGGGUCCAUCUCUGUAGGUACCGAAGGUAUGUACAAUUAAUUAAUACCUAGUGACUUGUAGCACUCUCUUCUCUCCAGCUCUCUUUCUCUCUCGACUUCAUUCUUAUAACUCGGAUCAGACUAUCCUCCCUUCCUCAUCAUUCUUCUCUUCUUUCUCGGUCUU